AUGUCUUCUACUAGUCCUGUCUACACUUAUCCAGGACUACAAACUCAGCAGGCACGAGGCUCUACCCCGGAAGUUGAUCAGCCCCAUAAUUCGACUGCUCAGGUUCAACCUUCCGCUCAGUCUGGUUAUGCAGCUGCCCCACAUUAUCAGACCUACGCUACUGUGGGUCCCGGUAACUCCACCACGGCGUCUUAUGGUUCUGGUUAUUCCAAUGCAUUGACGUCCAGAGCCCCUACCGCAUAUGAUUACGGCUAUCAGUCGCGUCCUGGUGUCUAUCAGGCGGCACAGAUUCAGGUUCCUCAGAUUUCUCAGCAGGCACAAACAUCGCAAGCGUAUGCUCUUCCAGGGUAUUCUACCCAGUACGGAUAUGGCGAUUAUCAGGCACAACAGGCGCAACAAGCGCAACAGGCGCAACAGGCACAGCAGGCACAACAGGCACAGCAAGGCCAGCAGCAACAGUCGCAGGCACAGGCUGCUCAGCAGAGUGUUGACUAUUAUACUCCAGUUCAAAAGCCGGAUGAGAGCUCUCCCCAACAGGUCCAGGACCGGAAGCAGUCUCAACAGUCGGCAACGUCGCCUUCUCAGCAGCCUUACUUGACUUCAUACGCCAGCUACUACGCUCAACCUCAACAAGCAGUUUCAGCGUAUCAGCACUAUCCUGCAUACGCAAAUAACGGGUAUGCACGUGGAUAUCCUGCUACUACAGCCUCCAACGGAGCCGCAGGAUACUCGCUCUAUGGGUCCAUGCCUGUUACCUCGACAGCAGCUCAGCCAUUGGCAUCGUCGCUGGCUGCGGCAACUCAGAGUGCUACAGUCACUGGUACCAGUGCAGGUCCCGCAGGCGGGGUCGCACCAUCUCCUCAGGCCCAGGCUCAACGGAAAACACAUCGUAGAAAUCACAACAAUCACAGUAAUGGCAAUGAACCACCGCUUAGUCCAUCUGUCGGACAAAUACAACCCAGAGGCAUUCGUCCUAAAAUUACCACCAUUAUGUGGGAGGAUGAAAAGACUCUGUGUUACCAGGUAGAGGCAAAUGGCGUUUCUGUGGUUCGUAGAGCAGACAAUGAUAUGAUCAAUGGUACCAAACUUCUUAAUGUGGCAAAAAUGACUAGAGGCCGACGUGAUGGCAUUCUUAAAGCUGAGAAAACGCGCCAUGUUGUCAAAAUUGGUUCUAUGCACUUGAAAGGUGUUUGGAUUCCAUUUGAUAGAGCUCUUCUUAUGGCACAGAGGGAAGGUAUUGUGGAUUUGUUGUAUCCGUUGUUUGUAAAAGAUAUCAAGCGUGUUAUUCAGCAGGGUACUCCCACUUAUCGUGUCGGCCAAGCUGGCGAUAACUCACUAGAGGACAGCUCAAAUUCUUCUCUUAGACAACAUACCGCCUCCCCAUUGCAAACAGUCCAUCCUUCAGGUGGUGCGUCUGCCACUAUUUCUUCAAUGGCAGACAACCUUGCUCAGGACGCCGAUCAUUCACUUAACGGUGGUUCUACUGCCGCAACUACAACAACAGCUAGCUUUUACGGCCAACCAGGCGCCUCUGCUACUCAACCAAUGAUGUAUCCUUAUUAUAGUACUGCAGAUCCUUCGAGUGCGUCAGUACAACCACAGACCUCUGGCUAUUAUUAUGGGGCUUAUUAUUCGCAACCUUAUCAAGUGCGAUCAGGUAGUUUGCAGCAAGUGCAGCAGGCACAACAGGCACAAGCUCAGCAAGCACAACAGGCACAAGCUCAGCAAGCACAACAGGCACAGCAGGCACAACAAGCACAACAAGCUCAGCAAGCACAACAAGCACAGUCACAGGACGGACAACAGGAAGGAGAGCAAUCACCGCCACAACAGUAG